AUGUUCUACGUUUCAAAUUCAAAUGCCAGGACAAAAGACAAGACCGCGGAAAAAACCGAGUUACAAAAUUCAGUAUCCAAAUUGAACGAAAAGAUCGCGAAGCAAAAAUCAGAAGUUCAAGAUAUAAUUAACACACUUCCCAUUGACAAAGAUAUGUUGAAACAACAAUUGACUGCUUUGGAUACUAAAAUCACGGACGAAUUAGAAAAAGAAGUGGGUGUGAUUAAAAAUUUUCUUCAAAAUAAAUUUCGAGAUGAUAUGAAAAAUUAUAUUAAAGAACAGGUCAAUCUUUUGGUAUCUAGAAUUCAUGACGAUUUUUUGAGACAAGAGAGAAAGUUGACCAAAUUAGAAGCUAUUGUCACAGACAAAUCGUAUUAUUUCAAUCUUCCAUUCGAAAGUGACACUGUCUUCGAUGCAAAAAACCAAAUUUAUAAAUCAAACAAAUACGGAUUGAAAGCAGAAAUAAAAGUAGGUUCUCUCGAAUACGGAGAACCUAAAAACGUAUUCGAUAUCGGCGAAACGGAAGCGUUUACUUUUCGAGGUAAUUGUCUGAUUCAAAAAGAGUUUCCCAUGAAGGUUAAAGUCAAUAAAGUAGUCUUCAAACAAACCGGUAAUGCCGUCAAACAUAUUUCAUUAUUCAAUGAUGGUAAUUUGGAAGAGAAUAUACGUUUGAUUGAUAAAAGGGAUCAGGAAAUUGAAACGAAAAAUGGUAAAUAUAUAGACACCUUUAAAAUGGAAGUAGAAAAUGAUAAGGAUAACAUUGGAAUCAAAGAUUUAGAUAUUGUAUUGGAGACGGAAAAUCCACCAUCAACCAACAUUGUCAAAGUUCCACGACGCUUACACGUACACGGAUCAAUAGAAUCGAGCAGUCACGAGUUUUUACGAACAACAGACUUUGAAUACGUAAAACUGUAUUUCGCUUUAGGUGAAAAAUACACCUCGAUCGAUGUUCAUAAAAGUCAACAAGAAAGAGAGUUUAUAGUGCAUUUAUCGUUUGCCGAAGACUCCAUCCUUGAAGGUGGUGGUUUUAUUUUUAGAGCCAAGAUAAACAUCGAAAAAGAAAAAAUAUUCCUAUCAUCUUAA